UCAUGACGACGACUUCACAGUUUCUUUAACGGGCUGGUGGAAUCGCGCGAGGAUCUGGAGAACCUAGAAUAUUAUCGAUCCUGGGGAUCCCACCCGGUACAAAUCGGCGACCGUUUCCAUGGACGAUACCGGAUUCGUGCACAAGCUCGGCCAUGGCACAUUUUCCACCAUAUGGCUCGCGCAAGGACGAACAUAUUUCGAAAUAUGUUGCCAUCAAGGUUUGCGUCGCUGACGCGUACCUACCAGAGGUCGACAGCCUGUCUUGUCUGCAAGCGGCCGCCCAUCAGACGGACUCACCCAAGAGAAGCUUGAUUCCCAUCCUCUCUGAUCGUUUCAAUGUGCAAGGUCCCAACGAAACACACUCUUGCUUAGUGACUGCAUCGGCGAGUGCCAGUCUCCAAGACUCCAAGCAGCUUUCAAGAACUCAUCUUUUCCCGCUGGACGUUGCUUGAUCUCUCGCCGCCCAACUCGCCCCUCGCUGUGGCGCAUGUCCAUGAGCAGGGAGUAGUUCAUAGAGAUCUUCAACUAGGCAACAUCUUGCUUCAGCUGCCCUCCAGUCUCGACAAUCUCUCGGAUGAUGAGCUCUACGAGGAAUUUGGAGCGCCCCAAUUGGAACCUGUUGUCCGGGAAGAUGGGAAGGCGUCCCUCUUUACGCCAGAGUGCCGGUGUGGUUUGUGGCCAACUCC